CCGGCGCGGGCGGCGCCGUCGCCGCCACCAUGUCGAGCCGCCAGCACACGGGAUCAACCAACGUGGUUUACCAAGCCCAUCACGUCAGCAGGAGUAAGAGAGGACAAAUUGUUGGUACCAGGGGUGGAUUUCGAGGCUGCACAGUUUGGCUAACAGGCCUUUCUGGAGCUGGCAAGACAACCAUUGGCUUUGCUUUGGAAGAGUACUUGGUCUCACAUGGCAUCCCUUGCUAUUCCCUCGAUGGUGAUAACGUUCGACAUGGCUUGAAUAAGAACCUGGGUUUCUCUGCUGGGGACCGUGAGGAGAACAUCCGCCGCAUUGCAGAGGUGGCCAGGCUGUUUGCUGACGCAGGACUCGUCUGCAUAACUAGUUUCAUUUCUCCUUUCGCAAAGGAUCGCCAAAAUGCACGGAAAAUUCAUGAGGCAGCUGGACUUCCUUUCUUUGAAAUCUUCGUAGAUGCUCCCCUAAAUAUUUGUGAAAGCAGAGAUGUGAAGGGCCUCUACAAAAAGGCAAGAGCUGGAGAGAUCAUAGGAUUCACAGGGAUUGACUCAGAAUACGAGAAGCCAGAAUCUCCUGAACUGGUGUUGAAAACCAACGUUGCAUCGGUGUCUGAAUGUAUUCAGCAGGUCGUGGAGCUCCUCCAAACACAAAACAUUGUGCCCCAGGGCUCAAUUAAGGAUGUUCUUGAGCUGUUUGUACCUGCAAAUAAACUCAGUAGUGUCCGAGCUGAAGUGGAAAUGUUGCCAGCCGUAGAGAUCACUAAGCUGGAUCUGCAGUGGGUGCAGGUGCUGAGCGAAGGCUGGGCCACUCCGCUGACCGGCUUCAUGCGCGAGGCAGAGUACUUGCAAGUGAUCCAUUUUGGCACCCUGCUGAAUGGAAGAAAUCGCUUUGUAGCUGAUGGCGUUGUCAACCUGAGCAUCCCCAUCGUGCUGCCAAUCUCCACGGAGGACAAGAAGCGGCUGGAGGGCUGCGAGGCACUGGCACUCAGCUAUGCGGGGAGGCGGGUGGCUGUCCUGAAGAACCCCGAGUACUUUGAGCACAGGAAGGAGGAGCGCUGCGCCCGCGUCUGGGGCACGACCUGCGCGAAGCACCCACACGUCAAAAUGGUGAUGGAGAGUGGAGACUGGCUGGUUGGUGGAGACCUCCUCGUGCUGGAGAAGAUCAAAUGGAACGAUGGGCUUGACCAGUAUCGCCUGACACCGCUCGCUCUCAAGCAGAAGUUCAGAGAAAUGAACGCUGAUGCUGUCUUUGCAUUUCAGCUGCGUAAUCCCGUCCACAACGGGCAUGCCCUGCUCAUGCAGGACACACGGCGCCAGCUUUUGGAGAGGGGUUACAAAAACCCCGUGCUUCUCCUGCACCCCCUGGGAGGAUGGACCAAAGAUGAUGAUGUCCCACUGGAUUGGCGGAUGAAGCAGCAUGCGGCGGUGCUGGAGGAGCAAGUCCUGGACCCCAAGUCGACCAUUGUUGCCAUCUUCCCCUCUCCCAUGCUCUAUGCCGGCCCCACGGAGGUGCAGUGGCACUGCCGAGCUCGCAUGGUCGCCGGGGCCAAUUUCUACAUCGUGGGGCGCGACCCCGCCGGCAUGCCUCACCCCGAGACUAAGAAAGACCUCUACGAGCCCACGCAGGGCGGGAAGGUUCUCAGCAUGGCUCCGGGCCUGACCUCGGUGGAAAUCAUCCCCUUCCGAGUGGCUGCUUACAAUAAAGUGAAAAGGGCCAUGGAUUUUUAUGACCCCAAAAGGCACGAUGAUUUUGACUUCAUCUCAGGAACACGCAUGAGGAAGCUUGCUCGGGAAGGCGAAAACCCACCAGAUGGCUUCAUGGCCCCCAAAGCUUGGAAAGUCCUCACUGAGUACUACCAGUCGCUGGAAAAAAAGAAUUAACACUACUUCUUCUCCCUAGAGAUCCUUGUAUUAAGAGUGAGCAAUGAUUGAUUGAUUCCCUGUGACACAGAUCAGUUACUUGGCAUUUCCAGUGCUCUGACUAGGAUUUUCCUACCUGGGUCAGAGUGGUUUUUACGAAUCAGAAAUACUUGAGCCUGGUCCUUCUCCCCUUGAAGCUGCCAGCAGCGUCCCAGUGGAGCUGGAAGGGAAGGGCAGCGGGCCCUGCCUUCCAGCUGAGCGCGGCUGCAGGAAGCCCAGCACGGCCUCUGAACAGACCAGCCAGAUCGUUUUGGUGCUGCCAGAGCCACACAGUGGGCCCAGUGCACAGCUGGGACCUCAGCACAAGGACAAAAAUGUGUCCCCUGUGUGGAGCAGAACGAAGAAGUGCCUUUUUGCUACCCUGCACUCAGUGCUUCCUGAAGAGGCAGGAUCAGCCGCUGAGGCGAGGAGCUCUUGUUGCUGCCGGGGUAGGAGUGGGAAACAGGCGCUCGGUGCUUGGAUCCAGCCGCUGCCCUCCAGGUUGUGCCUUAGACAAUUUUUGCUAACAAACAGUGGGAUUUUUUAAAUGACCGCUUUUUAAAAGGGUUUUUUUUUUUAAUCAGCCUUGGCCAGGACCAGUUCCUCGUGCCCGAGUGAAUUGUUCACUAUUCUUGUUGCUACCUCCUGCUUCACCUCUCUGAUCAAACAAAACCUACACUGAGUGUUACCGGUGCUCCAAGUUUGGCUUUCUGUGGGGCCUCUGCCAUGGUGACCCUGCGCUUACAGCCUGGGGAGCCCGUGCUCAGGGGAGGCUGUCCUGGGAGGCACCGUAAGGCCUGGAGAUCUCUGAGAAAGCUCACAGCAGCAAGCAAAAAUUGAGGGUGCUGUUUACAUGCUUUCGUGGGUGUCCUCCCACCUGGCAGGAUCGCAUCCCUCUUUCCUCUGCUCGUGCUUCUCCCACCUGAAAGGCAAAUUAAAGG